CUGCUGCCGGCGGUAUUUGGUGGUUGGACUGGCGGAUGGAGGGUAGCGGCCUAUGAAACUCUGGUGACCUGAACUUCAGCAACAUGAGUGGAAUGAAUAAGAUGCCUAAGGAUGCUGCUGUGAUGGCAGCUAUCUUGAAAGAAGCAGGCAUCUCAUCAUAUGAUCACAGAGUUAUCAACCAGAUGCUUGAGUUUACAUACAAAUAUGUAACCAAUGUGCUGGAAGAUGCCAGGGUAUAUUGCUCUCAUGCAAAGAAGAAAAACAUCGACCUGGAAGACGUGAAGCUAGCUGUGCAAAUGCAGCUUGAUCAAAAUUACACCACUCCACCACCUAGAGAUCUGCUGGCCGACAUCGCGCGCUCCCGCAACAGCACCCCGCUGCCGCUGAUCAAGCCGCAGUGUGGCCUCCGCCUGCCUCCCGACCGCUACUGCCUCCUGGCCACCAACUACAAGCUCAAGCAGGCCAAGAAGACCACCGGCCGCCAGACGUCGAGCGGCGCGGCCGGCUCGCGCGUGACGGUGGGCGCGGCCAAGGGCGCCAAGGUGGCCGUGGUGCCCAGCAAGGCGUCCAGCGCGCCCGCCUCCGCCGCCGCCACGCAGCCGCCCAUGCCCAAGUUCAAGGUGCAGACGAGCGCCCAGACGACCGCGGGCGGGACGCCGACGGUGAUGCCGCGCAUCCAGUUCUCGACGCCCACCUCGGACCCCACGCUGGCCGGCCUGAAGCGCAAGAGGGAGGACGAGUGAGCUGGCGCCCACGCCGCCGGCUCGAGGAGCCCUUGCCGCCGACUUAAGGCGCCCCCGCCGCCGGCUCGAGACGCCCCGC